AACUUUUUACGUUCCAUUUGUAGUACCAAUAGGCAAUGUAAUUCAAGUUCAUUUGACUGCAUUCAGGUUGCUAAUAUGGCAGAACGUUUUUGUUUGAGAUUGAAUACUGUUGUUUAGCAAUUAUAUUUUAAUUUAGGUUAUGGCGAACCUGAACUUCCAACAACCUCCAAGGAGUAUAGCAAGUCAGAACCUCAGGGGGGGAGGGUUCAGCACAAGUUCUCUCUCAGGCCAUGUUACGCCCACGUCAGGCAUGUUCCCGGGCUCUGCGGGCCUCACAAGUUCCUUCACACCUCAGCAGUUGUCCCCAAACAGGAAUCUUCAAAUGGGCAACCGUUUGUUUAGCAGUGGACAGAGAGCAUUUCCAGAUAGGCGGUCCAUACCAGGUCUUGGAGUCAGUAAUUCAAAUCCGGUUGGCAGCAUGCCCAGUUUUGGAAUACCCCAGGGUCGCUACGGGUCACAGGGAACUAUCAGCAACUUCCACACAGUGUUUGGUGUUGGAGGAGGUGGGGAGACAAGUACGCCACCACUUCUCGACUUGUCGGAGUUUCCAUCUCUCACGAACAGAGCGGGCCAGGGUGAUUCGAUGCCACAGCCAAGUCCGAUGCCAGGGAAGCAGCCCUAUGUUGGGAUGGUGAAGCAGCCAACAGCAGAAGCCAGUGAGUUUACAAUGAGCUCAGAGGACUUCCCUGCACUGCCUGGGACUCAGAGCACUGACGGACCCUCUCCAGGUGGGAGUGUGUCGGGGGACAAAGGCAUUUCAGGAGGAGUAGGCCCAGAACUGGGCAGCCAAGAGUCUACACCUACCAGCAGAGCACCUGGCGCUGAGAAGUCACAGGCAGCUAAAAGGGGCAUUCAGACCUCUCCUGAUGGGAAAGUGACGCACAUCCCGGCAAGCAUGGUAAAGGAUCAGUUUGGUAUGGUGGGGUUGCUUACAUUCAUCCGAGCGGCAGAAACAGACCCAAACCUUGUUUCACUGGCACUGGGACAGGAUCUCACGGCACUUGGUCUCAACCUCAACUCUCCAGAGAACUUGUACCCAAACUUUGGUGGUCCUUGGGCAGAAACACCUUGUCGUCCCCAGGACAUCGACUUUCACGUGCCACCUGAGUACCUCAUCAAUGCAACAAUCAGGGAGAAGCUAGCGCCUGUGAAGCUGAAUCGGUAUAAGGAUGACCUGUUGUUCUACAUGUUCUAUACCAAUGUGGGGGAUGUUUUGCAGUUAGCAGCUGCGGCAGAGCUGUAUAGCCGGGAAUGGCGAUACCAUACGGAGGAGAAGGUGUGGAUUACCCAGGCUCCCGGUUUGGGCGCUGUUGAGAAAACUUCUACUUAUGAGCGAGGAACGUACUAUUUCUUUGAUGCCCAGAAUUGGCGCAAGGUGGCGAAAGAGUUCCAUCUUGACUACAAUAAGCUUGAAGGACGGCCACAGCUCCCAUCCAUCCUGCCUCCACAGCCUGUAUGACUGCUGCAACCAGUGCCACUGCAAUGAGGGACUGCUUCUAUGGCAUGUCUCUGUUCUCACCAAGGCUGAGUGACAACUGUGGUGUCAGAAUCUUGUUUGUGCAAUGACUUCUGACUGUAUGUAUGUGUGUUGGUAAUGCUGUUUGUUGGCAGCUUGGAACAGUUGAUUUGUGAUGCUGCCUUCAAGACUUUUGUGACUUGGCACCACUGACACUCUUGUUGGAGGAAACGGAACUGUGUCCUGGAUUCUGCCCCUAUUUUGGACUGCCUCUAUUAUUAUUUUUGAUUGUUUAAGUUGGUGUUACUGGUUGGACUGAACUUGCUAGUCCUUCAAACUCAUUCCUCGGCGAGCGGGUGGACUUAUUUUACACUGAGGCUCGGAGAAGGGUUUUAUUUUUAAUGUUUCUCUUCUGAUAUUUUUUUGUACUUUUUUGUUUUAAGAUCUGUAUGUAGGAGAGCUGAGUUUGUUCUUCUGCCAUUGUAUAAAAGAAAAAUCUUUAAUUAAAAGCAAAAAGUUCAAGAUUGAUAA